UGGCGAAAUCCUACAAUGGGCCUCGCCGCCUGGGGCUCGAGGGCUUCUCCCUCCGCAGAGUGGUCAAGGAGCUCGUCGGCGACUUCGCGGCGGCGGCGAUGUCGGCGGAGGCCAUCGAGCGUGGCGAGCCCUCCGGCGAAAGGGACGGGGUUGGGGACGGCGGGAUCACGUACGUCAGCUACGGCGGUGAGCACCACCUGCCUCUGGUGAUGUCGCUGGUGGACGAGGAGCUCAGCGAGCCCUACUCCAUCUUCACCUACCGCUACUUCGUCUACCUCUGGCCCCAGCUCACCUUCCUCGCGUUUGAUCCCAAGGAUGGCAAGUGCGUCGGAACGGUGGUGUGCAAGAUGGGGGAGCACAGGGGCGCGUUCAGGGGGUACAUCGCCAUGCUCGUCGUGCUCAAGCCCUACCGUGGCAGGGGAAUUGCAACUGAAUUGGUUAAAAGAUCCAUUCAGGUAAUGAUGGAAUCGGGCUGUGAGGAGGUGACACUUGAAGCAGAAGUUACAAACAAGGGCGCCCUCGCGCUAUACAGCCGUUUGGGUUUCAUCCGAGCAAAGAGGCUGUACAGAUACUAUCUGAAUGGCGUGGACGCAUUUCGCCUGAAACUGCUGUUCCCUCGCCCUGAUCCUGGUCUGCAUCCGAUGAUGCUAGGCAACGAGAGAGAUGACCAGCACAUGGAUUCUCCCUACUUGUGAUCGAUCCCAGUCUGAUCGAUGGCUAGGAUGAGUUUAGGAUCCAAAGGUUUGUUUUGCUGUUUUACUUGAGUUUGAUGCUUUUGGUAGCUUUUGCUGACUCUUGUAACCUUGCUGAGUUUAAAGAGAACAUUGUUGCUCUUGUAACAUGGCAUACAUGUUUCUUUCAAAUGA